CGCUGGCGCCAGCGAAUGCUGCGUGCCGACAACACCAGCGCCAUCGUCAUCACCCUGCUGGAGACGGAGAGCUCACAAGAACCGCUGCAUCACUAAGAAGUGCUGCUGGACCUGGCCAAGGUGUCCCAGUCUCCUCCUACCUCCUUAUCUCGAGCAGACACGCCCCUCCUCCAGGUAAGGCCUUGUGACACCAAACUACCAGCUUUGUUCUCCAACAGGAAGAUGUGGAAAAAACCCCAAACAUUCUCCAAACACAGGUUCACCAGUCUGGACAAACUGGGUCCAAAAUUAAUGAAUGUUCCUCAACAGAAAACUGUGAAGACUGAAUUUACAUAAUCUGACCAACAGAUUAUUUUAAUCUGUACAAAUCUCUGAGCAGAUGGUCGUGAUCUUCACUGCACUGGUGCUGCAUGUGAAGAUUACACUUCUGUUAGAGCUCCAUCAGUGCAGAAAACUGUAAACUGGUUUUAGAUCAACAACUGCUGAAGAGUCAGGACUGUGGACCAGGUCCUCCAUCAGACCAGAGCGGAUCAACAUUCCCUCCAUAAGCAUCCAGACCUGGUCUCCUCAAGUCCUCUGAAACAUCCAGACCUGGUCUCCUCAG